AUGCCGACCAUGCUGCAUGAAACAUCGACAGAUAUGGAAGAUGGCAGCAGACAGAAUCGCAAAGAAUUGAUGCAGGCGUAUCGGGCAUCGGCAUUUGCCGAGACGCGGGCAAGUCGCCAUGGCGGUCUGCACAUGGACGGCAGCGAGCCGGGGGGCUGGGAUACAGAGGACGCACAGAUGAGCGGGCUUUUGCGGUCCAGCAUGCGGCUGUCAAUGCCAGACAUGGACCUUUUGGACUUCUCCAGCCUUGACCUAGCCGAAUCAAGCCCGCUUUCCAGCGGCUUCGGGCUAGAGGGCAACAUGCUGCAGGCGCUUUUGAACAAGCUGCCAGAGCCGCCCAUAAGCACAGCGAUCACCCACCACGGCAAUCAGCACCAGCUCCGCGCGACCGAGCGGCUGGCCAGCUCAUUUCAGGCACUCGAUAAUUUGGACAAGCAGGUAGAACACAAACUGGAGCUCAAAGCUAGCACGCAAUCGCUGAUACAGUCGCAGCAGCUUUCGCCGCCCUCGUCGCCCAGCGUUAUGGACAUGGACGAGGAUCUCUCACUAGUUACGCCGCCCGCAGAGUUGUUUGAAGGCGAGUUCGACGUGCCUGUGUUUGAGACGCCGGGCCCGUCGAGACGCAAUACGGACGAUGCGUCGGUGAGGUGCGAGGCCAGGCCGCUGAAGCGCGACAGCGGGAUGCUGGAGGCUGAGAUGCCGCCAGAGUCGCCGUUCUUUGAGCACAUCUCGAGGGAGGAUAUUGAGGAAGGCGACCGCAUUAGGCGCCGGUACAGCUUGUCGGCGCGCGAGAGGCGCACCAGCAUGUUUUCCUCGACGUGGGGCUCGUCGGCGGGCAACAUGGAGCCAUUUGGUAAGUGCGCUUUUUCUUCUCCCUUCCCCCCGCAGUGUUUUCUGUUGCGGCUUCUUGUUUCCGAAUGA